AUGACGCCGAAUGUCUUUCGGCCUCCCGCUAUGAUCUUCGGCUCCGUUCUUAGCGGAGCGGCACAGGCCCGGGUCACGAGAGCUGCUGCCGCAACAUCUUCUCCAACCUUCUCCUCACUUUAUAUCGAUACUAUUUCGACGGCUCAUCAGCUACAUAGAACCGUUCCGUCUGCGAUCCUCGAAUCUAGUCGAAUAAUGCGUCUGCUACAUUUCAAUAACGAUGGCGAUUUCAGCCUGACUGAGUUCUUCGAAGACGAUAUCCCCGAGUAUGCUAUACUUUCGCACAGAUGGGGAGCCGAGGAGGUCACUUUCAAGGAUAUGACAGAUGGCACAAGUAAAGCCACACAAGUAAAGCCAAGGCUGGCCACGGUAAGAUACAGUUCUGCGGAGAACAGGCGAGGCGUGAUGGCUUGGAUUACUUCUGGGUGGACACAUGCUGCAUCGACAAAUCGAGCAGCGCUGAGCUCUUAG